UAGUUCAUUGCGACAUCUCUACAUGAGAGGACAUGAAGCUUCUUUUGAGAUUAUUUUUUGUGCUUAUCGCAGGGAAUUUCCUGAUCGUUGAGUGUGAUGAACUUGUAGGCACAGUCAUCCCAAAAUCAGCUCACAAAGACAAACCAUACACAACAUUCAUUCAAGUUUAUGACCUAGAUGAUUCAGCAGAGCUAGCCAUACAGUUUCACACCUUAAACCAAACUUAUAGCUUAAUUGAACAAGGAAAUAAAACAUUUGAGUAUCAUGUCAGCAGGUUCGGUUCAAGACAGUCUGUAAACUUGACCUCGACACUUUUUCGGGAGAAGAAAAUUCGCGGAAAUUUGAUUAAGCAAUGCAACACACAAAUGAGAGAAAUUAAGGUUGAAUAUCCAAGAUUUUUCAUAUUCAUUCAAAUGAAUAAGCCAAUUUACAAGCCAGGAGAUUCUGUUAAGUUUCGUUUAAUUGUUAUGGAUAAAGAUUUGGUGCCACAUCAAAUGAACAAUAUUCUGAUUACUAUAACUGAUCCAUAUGACCGAAUUAUGCAAGAACUGGACGAUCUUGAAGACAACAAUUUGGGUAUUUACACCAAUACGUAUAAUUUAAGUGCCAGCACUCUCCUUGGUGAUUGGAAAAUGACAGUUGUUGUUGACAAAGAAGAAAAGUUUAGAGCAUCAAAAAUUAUUCCUGUCCAGAAGUAUGCACUGCCUUUAUUUGCAUUAAAAGUCGAUACAUCAUCAAAACAUUACCUGCCCAACCACAAACUAAUCAUAUCCUUCGGUGCUAAGUACUCAUUUGGAGAAUAUGUCACUGGAAAUGCUCAACUAGUCAUCCAUGAUACUUCAGACAACAGAACAUGCUACUCAAAGACAUAUAAUAGCAUUACAGGCAUCGAGACUGUAACAUUAAAUAUUGUAAAAGAUUUGAAGACGUCCAUAGCAAAUCUGGUAAACUUUAAAGCCAUAGUUACAUUCACUGAACCAGAAACAGGCACUGAAGUCAUCAAAUCAACAGAAUUUAGUGUCCAUAAUUCAGAAGAAAUGAGCAUUAAGACAGUCCACUCAAAUACAUUCACACCAGGCUUACCAUUCAAUGUAAAAGUAUUCGCAAAACAAUGGAAUGGCGACAAGUUUGUUUCAAAUGAGCCUGUUAGUGUCAACAUCAAGUACAUUCACAAAGAUAAAACCAAAACUUCAAUACACUUGAACCCUUUCGUUGAAGAUGGAGUAGCUAAUGGUGAAGUUAUUGUGCCACUGGAUGUUGAAACUUUUGAUAUUGAAUGUCGAUUUAUCAGCAGUAAAGUAUAUCGGAAAAGAUUGAAGAUGGCAAAAGUUGAGCAGACACGAAAUUCGAUGAUUCUUGAGUAUAAGCCUGAAAGACCAAGCUUCGGCAAUGAUGUUGAAAUAUUUGUCAGCAGUGCUUACAAAAUGGAGCAGGUUCUUGUAGCUAUUGUGACUAAAUAUGGAGUAACAAAAGCUACAGCUAUGAAGUGCGAUGACAAAACUGCUUGCAAUUUCAAACUUACAAUUACUGCUCAGAUGUUGCCUAAAUUUACUGUUGAAGUUUUUCAUAUUAAGGACAAGGAUAUCAAUGAGCAUGGAAGCAUUCGCAUUGAGACAGAGACAUUGGGAAUGAAUCAUCUAACCAUGGAUAUGACAGCAGAUCCAGUCAAAGUCAAAUCAGAAGUUCCGAUGACAUUCAGCACAACAGAAGAUUCAACAAUCUACUUAUUAGCAAUCGACAAAAGCCUCAAAUUCUUAAGAGAUGGCAAUGAUGUCAAAAGAGAAGAAGUUGUUCAGGAACUGUCAGCAUUUGAUGGACAAUUAGAAGUUCUGUUAGAUGACAUGACAUCAUGGCAUGAAUGUACAGCAGAAGAGAUCAAACGUGUUGAAAGCGGACGAGUUGAAGUAUCCCAACAAACUUCAGAUACAUUUGUAUCAAGUGAUGACGAUGAGACAGUUGAUGAUGGCUUUACUCCAGAUGAAAAUGAUGUUGAUGAUACAGCAACUGAGGAGAUUGUCCGUGAGCCUACUGAAGAUGACUUAAUGCGUCAAGAUUUUCCUGAAACUUGGAUUUUUGAAUCAUUUGAAGUUGAAGAUUCAGAGACAAGAAAGUCAUUCAAAGUUCCUGACACAAUCACAUCUUGGCACAUUUCAGCAUUUUCAGUACAUCCACAAAAUGGACUUGCCCUUAUGGAUCCUCAGGAAUUGACAGUUAAGAAUGAAUUUUUCGUCAAAUUUACAUUGCCAUACUCAAUUCGAUACAAGGAAGUUCUACGCGUUGAUGUCUUGGUUUUCAAUUAUGUCAAAAGCAACAAGCCAUUAGAUGUUAAAGUCACACUUAAAAACUUGAAAUCAAAGCAGUUCCAAUUUGUCGAGUAUGAGCAAAAUGGAAAUAUUUGUAAGCCAAAUUACAGCAAUAAAACAAAUUUGAUACAAAAUGUCAAAGUGACUGGAAUGGGCAUGAAGAAAGUUUCAUUCUAUAUCCGAUCAAAUCCAAAUGAUGCAGAUGACAAAAGUAACAAAAUUAAAUCGAGAAUAAUUCAAGUUUAUGCUGAGGCUAGUGAUGGUUCUGGUAAAACCUACAAAGAUAGACUUGAAAAGAAAUUAAAAAUUGAGCCAGUCGGAGUUAGGAAGUUCAAUACUGAAGCAUACACAUUCAGUGUUAUUAACGAGAUGAAGCGGACACAUAGUGAAUAUAAUGUCUCAAAUUCUAACACUAAUAGCUACUGCAUUGUUAAUGGCGACUUCUUGACUGAUAUUAUUAAUCUUAAUUCUGGAUUUGAAAUCUAUCCUGGUGACUGCUUGGAACAAAGGACAUCCAAACUUAAAGGAAAUGUUCAAGUUUACAAAUACUUCCAAACUAAGAAGAAGACACAGAAUAAAGACUACUUUCAGAAGCAAUAUCAGGCUAUAUGGGAAGCACGUGGCAAGCGUUAUAACUACGAGUCAGCAUCCGGCUACAUAUCCUACUUUAUCGACGCAGUUGUCCCAGCAAUGGAACUCAAACUCAUCAAUGCUGACAUACCCGUUAUUGAAAAAGAACUUGAUAAACUGAAAAAGGCACAGACAACAGCUGGAUCUUUUGAAAAUUUUGGCAACUUUCCAGACAUUCGCGAAGAUCCCAGCAGAAAAAAUACUCAGAAUUACUUCCAGACAGCAUUCGUCUUGAUCUCAUUCCUUAAAGCACAAAAGAUUGUCACAAAUAGCUACAUGGAUGUGAUUGACAAAGCAUUUAUUUAUCUAGAUGAUGAAAGCAAUAGAUAUUCAGUCGACAGUGAAGGCUUAUCAAUUGCAGCAUAUGCUUAUGCUUUAGGAAUUGAGUAUGAUGAAGGCAGAGAAAAUGAAGCAAAAAAAUUACUGGAUACAAUUGAGAAGGCAAAGGUUGAUUAUGGAGGCAACAAGAAGUGCUUCAAAAUUAAAACAACCAGCACAGAAUGUCACAUGCGACACACAGCGUAUGCAGCUAUGGCUUACUUAAAGCUGAAUGAGAUUGAUAAAGCAAUGCCGUUGAUUUAUUGGAUGCUUAAGGAAUACAACUUCUAUAUCUAUCAAGGAUAUACUUACAAUACUGCAAUAUUAUCGGAACCGAUUGCUGAUGCAGCUAUUGCCUUAGGUGUUGAUGUCACUGACUUUGAAGUUGCUUUGACAAGCGAGGAUAAGCCUUACAAAAAAUUCAAGUUCACCAACAAAAAUGUCAAUGAUUAUCAUGAAGUUCCAUUCAUCCCAAAUGUUAAUAAAAUCAGCAUGAUUGUUGAAGGAACUGGCUUCUGUACAGUCACAAGAGUCAAUGAAUUUAUGGUCGAAGAAGCUGAAAUAAAUAAUAAGUUUAGUGUUACAGUAACUCCGAAAGCAUCGGAAGGCAUCGUUAAUGUUUGUGCAUCUUAUAGCUCGACAGAAUCAAAUCAAAAUUCCAUCUUGAAUGUUGUGUACGAGGUUGAGUUUCCUACUGGAUACAUCUUUGCUGGUGUUGUUAAUGAACAAAGUCAUAGGAAGGAUAUCAAACAAAUCGAGGAAAGAAAAGGAAAGACACUUGCUAUGAUCUACUACAACGACUUUGAAAGCGAUAAGACUUAUUGUGUGGAUAUAAAGGCAAUGAAGGCACACGAUGUAAAGAAUCCAAGCAAUGCUGGUGUAAAAGUCUACGACUUUAAUGAUAAACGAAAUGUUGCAGUUGAAUUUUAUGAAUUUAAAUCAUCAAUAUCAUGUUAAGAAAUUGCUUUUCCUGAAGAGAACUUUUCUCUAAUUAAGAAAAAUCUAAAAAAAUAAAUGAAAUUUAAAAAUAAAC